GUCACCCCCCGUGACGACAGGGCCUCCCGGCGGAGCCCCGAUACCACCUCCCAACCUUUUCUGGGGAUCAACCUUGCCCGGGUUUCCCACCCCCAAAUUCCCUCACCCCGAGCUCCCCCUCAAGUUUUCCCACAGAACCGUUCCCAAGAUUGCCUACACAACCCUUUUUAACAAAGGGGGCCCCCUCCCUCUUCAGUCCCCAAACUUUUACCCCUAGGAUUUGUAAAAAGCAAGGGGGGUUGGGCAUUUUCAAAAAUUUCCAACCCUAAAUGUUUCCCAAGGGGGCAGGAAUUUUAUUAAUUCGGACUCCAAAAAAAUAUGAAGGGGUGGGGUUGUUUCAGGGAGGGGUUAUUGAGCCCCCUUCAAGAAUUUUACCACCCGGCCCUGGAUUGGUUAUAGUUUCCAUGCCACAAACGUCAAAGAGGGGGAACGGUGGCCGGUGCUCAGUUCCAAGUUUCCCCUUAGCAGAUUGUUUCCCGUUUGGGGGCCUCAUUAGACUUUUCCCCGGCUUGAAAAUUCCAAACCCGGAGAGAUCGGAGGCCCCCUUUAGGUUUUCCCCGAAAGGGGGCUCCUGGGGAGCGUCGGGUGUUUUUACCGGGGUUGGGCCACUUCUGCCCCCUUUCCCCCGAGUUUUAAAACGCCUGUCCCCGCCCAGUAGGGAGGGGUUGAGGGGGAAAAAAGUCCCUCUAACCUGUCCCUAGGGAAUUCCCAUUGUUGGGGGGCCAAGCACGGGCCGGAGAAUUCCGUGCCCCAGGGGUUUUCGGAUUAACCUGGCUAAGGAAUUUUUUAUCCCCCCCUCUUUAACCCCCGGGAGUUCAGCCUUAAUAGCCUUGGAACCGGGAAAGGUUACAAAAGGGUCAGUCCCUGGAACCCUCUCCCCAGCGGGGGAGACCUUUUUUCCAUUGCUUCCCCAGUAAUCCUUUUCCUUUGUACCCUUGGUAUUCAGACUAAACCCCGUGACGGGGCCCUGGCACCUUUAACUGGGGUCCCCGCCAACUCAUGCAUGUUCAGAUCCCCAGCCCCCCCCCAGUUUCAAGAUUUUUUUGUCCCCCCCUUACCUCGGUUUUAAGGCAUUUUGCAAGCCCCGGGUUUCCACCCCCUCACCCACGAUGCUGUGUUGAUUCUCCCGGUUGCUGCCCUCCGAGGCAUCUUCCUUUCCCCCCGCACGGGGAAGGCAUACUUAGGGGGUCUUGGCACCGGGAUUGGCCUCUUUCCCCUGGGGGGCCCUUUUUGUUGAAAAAAAACGGGGCUAGGGGGUUGAUUUAACGGGGACCAAAAGAUACGGCGAAUCGUUACCCCCCCCCCAUCCACCCUUUUACCCAGGGGCCUUUUUAUAAACUGGACUGCAAUGUAAUGGGGGGAUGGCAAGAGACGAAUGGAAAGGCAUUCAAGCCAGGGGCACAGAAUUGGGUGAUGCCGUUCGGGUACCAAUGCCGGUAUUCCAAGCCCUGAUUUAAAGAGUUCUCCGGGAUAUGAAUCGGUUUGUUUCCCUGUACCGGCAACCUUUUCUCGGGUAUAAGGACUGGGGGCAUUUAGCAGGGUUUUUCCGGGCUCCUGACACCCUUAUUAAACCCGAAUGUUAAUUUCAUUUUUUGACUGUUUCGGGGUUUUUGCCCCCGGCCCCUAAAAGUCCCAGAAGGUAAGUGGUUUCACAGUGGCCAACCCGGUCAAGGAGGUUCACGGUUCAUUGGCUUUUAAUUUAAAGCAAAGAACAGCCUUUUGGAGCCCCCUUUUACCUUCCAAAAGGAAAAUAUGGGGUCCGGAAGCCGAGGGGGCUUCGGGAUUCAACCCCCCUUUUUUUCCUUUUUACCCUGACCCCGAAAAACCCCUUUUUUUUGGUGGGGGGGGCCCUCGGGGGGGGUUUGGGGGCUCCCUUUAAGGGGGUAAAAACAAACCCCGGCCUUUGCUGCCGCCUUUGAGGGCCGGGAAAUACAGGGGGGACGAAGUUUUUGUGGUAAAACGCCUGGAGUGGGAUUGGCUUGAGGGGGGGUCCUUGGUUUUUUCAGCCACAAAAACCUAAUCCCCCCAGGUACGGAAAGAAACCCCCGGAAAAGAUUUGUCCCUUUUCUUAAAUUUCCUUCCUCCUUUACAACCGGGGACCAGAAAGCAAGGGUGCCCCCUCCGGAUUUUCCCCCAAAAAGGAACCUUGCAUCAUAUUCCCAUUCGGACGUCCGAUUUCAUGGGAACUAAAGGGGGUACGAGACCCUUGUCCCCUGGCCCAUGGGGGGCCCCCCCCUCCCUGUUUUUCCCUCCCCCCCCCCUUGCAUUAAGAAACCCUUACACCCCAGAGUGCUCCAACGGAAUCUCCGAAUCGUUUUGGGGCCCGUCCAUAAAACUGGGGCUAUGUUUAGGCCUGCCCGUGUCAAGGAAAAUUUGAACUCAGGCCCACUUAUUUUCUUUUCAAGGGGGCAUUUCUUGAUUUGUUGGGAUUCCUCCAUCCCAGGCAACCAGUUCCAGUGUAACCGGUUUCUUAAGGGGCCCGGAUCCCCGCCCAACUGCCCUGGCUAAGGAUGCUGAGCCUCAGCCAUGUUUCCGGUAUUGGAACCCCUGGGGGUCCCCCUCCCCAAUUCUCCCGGUUUGGGGGCCCUUUUGAGGCUUUUGGGGACAGCACCAGUGGGGUACCGGGCCUGCCCAAAGAAGGUUUUGGUUGGGGAACCCUGGGGGUUUCAGUAAAACCCGUCUUGGCCACCAUACAUUUUGGGGGGGGGAAAUGCCCACAAACCCCCGCCUAGCCCCCAUUUUCCCCUCGAGCGUUCGGGCCCCCUCCCUUUUUCCAAAAGAGGCCAAUGGUUUCCCCGGACCUUUUUCCCAAGCAGGCGACCUGGGGGGAGGCCACGUACCCCUUUUUGGACCUCCCCCAAAAAAUACAAAGUCAUUUUAAACGCGCCGCCCCAGCCCCUAGUUUUUUCCCUGGUCAGAGGUUUUUGGUUGGGGCCUAAAAAACGUCCGGGCGAAUCCAAGGCUUUUCCCAACUCGGCCCUUUGCAAAACAAGAAAAAAACCCUUUUAAAUUUUUUUCUUCGUCCCCGAUUCCACUUUCUGUUUUCCUACAAAACCGUCUUUCUUCCCCUGGGGCCCCCCCAGCGGGGGCCCGCCACCUCCCGGACAUGACCCAGCCCCGCCUACGCCCCGGAUACUGGUCCCCAGGGCAAUCCUCAGAUCUGGUGGUGGGAGGGGGACGGGCCCAAAGGAGGUCCCGGUCCCGCCAAGGGCACCCACCCAGGGGGUCCAGAGUUUUACCUAGGCCGGGUGUUCUGGGGGAAGUAACUUCCUAAGGGGGGGGGGUCCGUCACUCCCCCCCCGUUUGGCUGGGGCCCAAGGCAUUUGUUCCCCCCUUAUUCCCCUGCCAACUGGCCAGGUCCCUUCCUGGUUCCCCAAGGGUUUUUUUGGUUGUUUUUUCCCCCCCUUUUUUUGGCCGGCAGGGUCCCCCUCUGUCCCCCGAGUCCUUUUUGUAGCUUUUUAAAAACUUAUUUGGGCCCCCGGGAGUUUUUGUUUUCCUCCGUUUUUUUACCCCGAGUUUUAUCUUUGGAAAAACUUGUGGGAAUUUUAAUUGGGAAAACCCUUUUUUACAAAAACUCGCCUGAGAUUGCCUUGGGGGGCAUUGGGGAAAAACCUCCUUUCCAGGGAACACCCAAUUCCCAACUGGCCGAGGGUUUUCCCAACCCCCUGGCAAGGAAACCCCCGAGUGAGGCAUUUUUUUAGCUUGGCACUUUUGGGUUCCCGGUGUCAAGCAAAAGGGCCGGGAGAAGGUGGCCUUGGAAAGACCCGGGCACCCCCAAUGGAUAAUGGGUUUGCAAAAGCCACCAAAAAACUGCCCGGUUUUCCAAACGGUUUAAGGGCCGUUUUUUGUAACUUUACCCCGGAGGAUAAGAAAAAGUUACGGCCCAACAUGGAAAAAAUUUUUUUUGUUUCAUCAGGGAAAGUAAGCCAAAAAAACCCAAAACUUGUUUUACAAAAUUUUGUGGGGGGUGCAAAAAAGACCAACCAAGGGGUUAAACUUUUCCAAAACUUCCACGUUCUAUAUAUGCCUCCCUACUGUAUUCUUUUACUUCUGCCUUUUUUUUCUCAACACUUUUUUGUUGUUGUUUUAUUUUUACUUUUUUUGUUAAAAAUAAAUGCACUGUUGGUUAAGGGCUGUAAGUAAGCAUUUCACUGUGAUGUCUGCACCUGUUGUAUUCGGCGCAUGUGACCAAUAAAUUUGAUUUGAUUUGAAAUACAUUUAAACUCAGUUUUCACAAUUCCUGACAUUAAUCCUAGUAAAAAUUCCCUGUCUUAGGUCAGUUAGGUCACCACUUUAAUUUUAAGAAUGUGAAAUGUCAGAAUAAUAGUAGAGAGAAUGAUUUAUUCAGCUUUUAUUUUAUUCAUCACAUUCCCAGUGGGUUAGAAGUUUACAUACACUCAAUUAGUAUUUGGUAGCAUUGCCUUUAAAUUGUUUAACUUGGGUCAAACGUUUCGAUUAGUCUUCCACAAGCUUCCCACAAUAAGUUGGGGGAAUUUCGGCCCAUUCCUCCAGACAGAGCUGGUGUAACUGAGUCAGGUUUGUAGGCCUCCUUGCUCGCACACGCUCUUUCAGUUCUUCCUAAAUAUUUUCUAUAGGAUUGAGGUCAGGGCUUUGUGAUGGCCUCUCCAAUACCUUGACUUUGUUGUCCUUAAGCCAUUUUGCCACAAUGUUGGAAGUAUGCUUGGGGUCAUUGUCCAUUUGGAAGACCAUUACAACCAAGCUUUAACUUCCUGACUGAUGUCUUGAGAUGUUGCUUCAAUAUAUCCACAUCAUUUUCCUUCCUCAUGAUGCAAUCUAUUUUGUGAAGUGCACCAGUCCCUCCUGCAGCAAGCACCCCCACAGCAUGAUGCUGCCACCCCCAUGCUUCACGGUUGGGAUGGUGUUCUUCGGCUUGCAAGAAACCCCCUUUUUCCUCCAAACAUAACGAUGGUCAUUAUGGCCAAACAGUUCUAUUUUUUGUUUCAUCAGACCAGAGGACAUUUCUCCAAAAAUUACGAUCUUGUCCCCCUGUGCAGUUGCCAACCGUAGUCUGUGCUUUGUUUAUGGCAGUUUUGGAGCAGUGGCUUCUUCCUUGCUGAGCGGCCUUUCAGGUUAUGUCGAUAUAUGACUCGUUUUACUGUGGAUAUAGAUACUUUUGUACCUGUUUCCUCCAGCAUCUUCACAAGGUCCUUUGCGUUGUUCUGGGAUUGAUUUGCACUUUUCGCACCAAAGUACGUUCAUCUCUAGGAGACAGAACGCGUCUCCUUCCUGAGCGUUAUGACGGCUGCGUGGUCCCAUGGUGUUUAUACUUGCGUACUAUUAUUUGUACAGAUGAACGUGGUAACCUUCAGGCGUUUGGAAAUUGCGCCCAAUGAUUGUCAGCUCCCUGCCUCCUGUUUGUCUCCGGGCCUCUAGAGGUCAUCUGUGUUCCCCUCUGCCUUAGUUCUUCCUCGUGUGUCCUUAUUAGCUUGAUCCAGGUCAACCUGUGCCUUGUUUCCCCUAGAGUAUUUUAGCUGUGUUUUUUCCCCUUGUUCCUCACUUGGUUUUUGAGUCCUGGCUAUGUGUCUCCUGCUUUGUCCCACAGAGUCUUUCCAAGUAAGCUUUCUAAGUUAUCUUUAGUUUGUUUUUCUCCCCUCGUGGAGUUAUUUUGUUUUGCCUCCUGUUUUGUUUACUGUACCUCUGUUAGUAUACCUCUUCUGAGAAGAACUUUUGUUGGAUUAUUUUGAAGUGCAAAGAACCUUUUUUUACAUUAAAUCUACUUGCCUGGAGUAUUGCCUUGGGUGUUUCAUUUGGGUCCAACUAUACCUCCUCUGUGGCUAAGGGGUUGAACACCCAACUCUCCACAUCUGAGACCUGAGUUCAAGCCCAGCUUGUGACAGAAAAACCAAGGUCAAUCAUGGACCCAGAAACACUCAGUUCCCAGGACCUGUUGGCGAUGAUCACUCGACAUGAGGCAUCUUUCCAGCGCCAUGAAGCCGUUCUCAGCCGACAAGAAGAGCUGAUGGCUAGUCAUUCUCAACUCCUGGCCGAAAUGAUGAGUCCCCUCCGCCAGCUCUUUGAACGCCUCCCUGGUCCUUUCCCUUCCUCCAGGUCACCCCCCAGUGACGACAGGCCUUCUCCAGUGGCGGAGCCCCGACUACCACCUCCCAAGCCCUUUUCUGGGGAUCCAAGCUCUUGCCAGGGUUUCCUCACCCAUGCUCCCUCACCUUCGAGCUCCAACCCUCAAGUUUUCCCACAGACCGUUCCAAGAUUGCCUACAUCAUUACCCUUCUUUCAGACAAGGCGCUCUCCUGGGCCUCUGCGGUGUGGCAGUCCCAGGAGGCCUGUUGUGACUCCUACGCUGCAUUUGUAGAAGAGUUCAAGCGGGUGUUCGAUCAUCCUGUCAGUGGGCGGGAAGCUUCCAAGCGCCUACUGUCUCUCCGUCAGGGUCCCCGAAGCACGGCAGAUUUUGCCAUUGAAUUCCGGACCAUAGCAGCAAGGAGCGGAUGGAAUGAUGAAGCGCUGAGGGUCUGUUUUCAGGGAGGGUUAUCUGAGCCCCUUCAAGAUGAGUUAGCCACCCGAGAACCAGCUGGAGAUCUCGAGUCCCUCAUAGCCUUGGCCAUCCGCCUGGACAAUCGUCUAAGAGAGCGGAGAACGGCUCGCCGCCAGGUGUCUCAGUCCCAAGUUCCUCUGAGCAGAUCUGUUUCUCCUGUUUGGGCUCCGUCAUUCAGAGCUUCCCCCGGCUCCUGAACUGCUCCAGGAUUCCCCGGAGAGCAUGCAGUUAGGCCGUUCCAGGCUUUCUCCCAAACGAAAGGGAACGUCGCAUGAGGGAGCGUCGGUGCCUCUACUGCGGGGUUGCCGGCCACUUCUGCUCCACUUGCCCCGAGCUUUCGGGAAACGCCUGUCCCCGCCCAGCUACAGGAGGGCUGUGAUGGGGAAAAUUAGAGCUCCUCCUACUAACGCUGUCCUAGCUAUUCCAGCCACUCUGUCCUGGGAGGGCCACCAGCAUCGGGUCCAGGCUAUGAUCGAUUCCGGUGCCGCAGGUGAUUUCCUGGAUUUAACCUUGGCUAAGGAACUUAAGAUCCCUACCCAACUACUUCCUCAACCCCAGGCAGUUACAGCCUUAGAUGGCAGACCUCUGGAACCAGGAAAGGUUACAGAGGCGACUCAGUCCCUGCGACUUACCAUCUCUCAACACCAGCAGGAGGAGACCUUCUAUCUCAUUGACUCUCCCGAGUAUCCUAUUAUCCUGGGUCACCCUUGGCUAUGCAGACAUAAUCCCCAGAUCGACUGGCCUACUGGCACCAUUCUAAGCUGGGGUCCCACUUGCCAACUCACCUGCAUGCUUCAGAGUCCCUCAGCCCCUAGUACCCAGUUUCAAGAGUCUGUUGACGUCUCCCUAGUCCCCAGUGUUUACCAUCGGUUCAAGGCAGUGUUCAGCAAGGCCCGGGCUACUUCCUUACCGCCUCACCGCACGUAUGACUGUGCCAUUGAUCUACUCCCUGGUUGCUGCCCUCCUAGAGGUCGGAUCUUUUCCUUAUCCUCCCCCGAGCACGCAGCUAUGGACACCUACAUUAAGGAGUCCUUGGCAGCCGGCCUCAUCUGUGCCUCUACUUCCCCGGCUGGGGCGGGCUUCUUUUUUGUUGAAAAGAAAGACGGGGGUCUUAGGCCUUGUAUUGAUUACCGGGGACUCAACAAGAUCACGGUUCGGAAUCGAUACCCCCCUUCCUCUCAUGGCCACUGCUUUUGAGCUGCUUCAAGGGGCUUCCAUUUUUACUAAACUGGAUCUCCGCAAUGCUUACCAUCUCGUGCGGAUCCGGCAAGGAGACGAAUGGAAACGGCAUUCAACACGCCCACGGGGCACUAUGAAUAUCGGGUGAUGCCGUUCGGGGCUCACCAAUGCCCCCGCAGUAUUCCAAGCCCUGAUUAAUGAUGUUCUCCGGGAUAUGCUUAAUCUGUUCGUCUUCGUGUACCUGGACGAUAUCCUCAUCUUCUCGAGGUCACUGAAGGAGCAUGAGGGGCAUGUUAGCAGGGUUCUCCAGAGGCUCCUUGACAAUCACCUCUACGUUAAACCUGAGAAGUGUGAAUUUCAUGUUUCCCAGACUCAGUUUCUCGGGUUUAUUGUCACUCCCGGCCACCUAGAGAUGGAUCCCAAGAAGGUCAAAGUGGUCCACAGCUGGCCCACACCUGCCACGGUCAAGGAGGUUCAACGGUUCAUUGGCUUUUCUAACUUCUAUCGGAAGUUCAUUAAGAAUUUCAGCUCUGUGGUAGCCCCCUUGACGACGCUUACCAAGGGAGGAGGGACCAAGAUUCACUGGGGUCCGGAAGCAGCAGGGACCUUCGAGGAUCUCAAGCGCCGCUUUACUUCUGCUCCGAUUCUGGUGAUCCCUGACCCAGAAAGACCUUUCGUGGUGGAGGUGGACGCCUCAGAGGUGGGGGUGGGAGCCGUCCUGUCACAGAGGGGUGAGGAUGGGAGAUUACACCCUUGUGCCUUCAUGUCUCGCCGCCUGUCUGAGGCCGAGCGCAACUACCACGUGGGGGAUCGAGAGUUGCUUGUGGUAAAACUGGCCUUGGAAGAGUGGCGCCAUUGGCUUGAGGGGGCUCAGCAUCCUUUCCAGGUUCUUACAGACCACAAGAACCUGGAAUAUCUCCAACAGGCUAAGCGGAUGAACCCUCGGCAAGCACGAUGGUCCCUUUUCUUUAAUCGUUUCCAGUUCCUCCUGUCUUACAGACCUGGCACCAAGAACGUCAAGCCGGAUGCCCUGUCUCGAGCCUAUUCUCCCGAGAUACAAGAGAAGCCCUUGGCAUCGAUUAUUCCGAGGUCUAGGAUCGUCGCACCUCUUCAGUGGGAACUAGAAAGAGGGGUACGAGAGGCCCUUGUCCAUGAGCCCGAUCCAGGCGGUGGUCCUGCCGGUCGCCUGUACGUUCCUCUCUCUGUUCGGGCCCGCGUCUUGCAGUGGGGUCAUGAGUCGCCCUUGACAUGCCAUCCAGGCAGUGCUCGCACACUGGAAUUCCUCCGAAUGCGGUUUUGGUGGCCGUCCAUCAAGAAGGACGUGCAGGUCUAUGUUGAGGCCUGCCCUGUGUGCAACCAGGGAAAGUCGACACGUCAGCGACCCCAGGGACUGCUCCAUCCCUUACCUGUUCCUCGAAGGCCAUGGUCACACCUUUCUCUGGACUUUGUUACGGGACUUCCUCCAUCCCAGGGCAACACAGUCAUCCUAGUGGUGGUAGACCGGUUCUCUAAGGCUGCCCGGUUUAUUCCCCUGCCCAAGCUGCCCUCGGCUAAGGAGACUGCUGAGCUCCUCAUGAACCAUGUCUUCCGGAUAUUUGGAAUUCCCCUGGACUUGGUCUCCGACCGAGGUCCCCAAUUCUCGUCCCGGUUUUGGGGGGCCUUCUGCAGGCUUAUUGGGGCCACAGCCAGCCUAUCGUCGGGGUUCCAUCCAGAGUCUAAUGGCCAAACGGAACGGAUUAAUCAGGAUCUGGAGACCACCCUGCGGUGUAUGGCGGCCAGUAAUCCCACGUCUUGGGCCACCUAUAUCAUUUGGGCUGAAUAUGCCCACAACACCCUCCAGUCCUCAGCCACCGGAUUGUCCCCCUUCGAAUGCCAGUUCGGUUACACCCCUCCAUUAUUUCCAGAGGAAGAGGCGCAAGUUGGUGUUCCCUCGGCCCAGCGCUUUGUCCAACGCUGUAGGCGGACCUGGAAGAAGGCCAGGCGUACCCUCCUUCGGACCUCCCAGAGAUACCAAAGUCAGGCUAAUCGCCGCCGCCGGACGGCCCCUAGUUUCCGAGCUGGUCAGAGAGUUUGGUUGGCCACUAAGAACAUGCCCCUCCGGGUCGAAUCCAAGAAGCUUUCCCAGAAAUACAUCGGCCCUUUCCGCAUAGCAAGAAAAGUUAACCCUGUUUCUUAUCGUUUGGUUCUCCCUCGCUCCCUUAGAAUUAACCCCACUUUUCAUGUUUCACUACUAAAACCUGUCUUGUCUUCUCCCUUUGCCCCCCCACGCAGACCCCCGCCACCUCCCAGGAUCAUUGACGGCCAGCCAGCCUACACAGUCCGCCGGAUACUGGACUCCCGGAGGGUCCAGAACUCUCUGCAGUAUCUGGUGGACUGGGAGGGCUACGGGCCAGAGGAGCGCUCCUGGGUUCCAGCCAAGGACAUCCUGGACCCAGGUUUGAUCCGAGAGUUUCGCACCCUGAGGCCAGGGUGUUCUGGAAGGAACGUCAGGAGUCGUUCCUAGAGGAGGGGGUCCUGUCAGCUCCCUGCCUCCUGUUUGUCUCCGGGCCUCUAGAGGUCAUCUGUGUUCCCCUCUGCCUUAGUUCUUCCUCGUGUGUCCUUAUUAGCUUGAUCCAGGUCACCUGUGCCUUGUUUCCCCUAGAGUAUUUUAGCUGUGUUUUUUCCCCUUGUUCCUCACUUGGUUUUUGAGUCCUGGCUAUGUGUCUCCUGCUUUGUCCCACAGAGUCUUUCCAAGUAAGCUUUUCUAAGUUAUCUUUAGUUUGUUUUUCUCCCCUCGUGGAGUUAUUUUGUUUUGCCUCCUGUUUUGUUUACUGUACCUCUGUUAGUAUACCUCUUUCUGAGAAGAACUUUUGUUGGAUUAUUUUUGAAGUGCAAAGAACCUUUUUUUACAUUAAAUCUACUUGCCUGGAGUAUUGCCUUGGGUGUUUCAUUUGGGUCCAACUAUACCUCCUCUGUGGCUAAGGGGUUGAACACCCAACUCUCCACAUCUGAGACCUGAGUUCAAGCCCAGCUUGUGACAAUGAUGAACCAGACUUGUGGAGGUCAAUUUUUUUUUUUCUGAGGUCUUGGCUGAUUUCUUUUGAUUUUCCCAUGAUGUCAAGCAAAGAGGCACUGGGAUUGAAGGUAGGCCUUGAAAUACAUCCACAGGUACACCUCCAAUUGACUCAAAUGAUGUCAAUUAGCCUACCAGAAGCUUCUAAAUCAAUGACAUCAUUUUCUGGAAUUUUCCAAGCUGUUUAAAGGCACAGUCAACUUAGUGUAUGUAAACUACUGACCCACUGGAAUUGUGAUACAGUGAAUUAUAAGUGAAAUAAUCUGUCUGUAAACAAUUGUUGGAAAAAUUACUUGUGUCAUGCAGAAAGUAGAUGUCCUAACUGACUUGCCAAAACUAUAGUUUGUUAACAAUAAUUUUGUGGAGUGGUUGACAAAAUAGUUUUAAUGACUCCAACCUAAGUGUAUGUAAACUUCCGACUUCAACUGUAUAUAUACAAUGACAUUAGUGGUGUAUGACUCUGACUGCUAUUUUCAGUAUCCCUGCAUGGUUUGGAAAGUCACUGUUCCAGUUAGGGGGUUUCUGUGUUUGUGUGUCUAUGUCUAUGUGGUCAGACAGACAGCCAGCAGCCAGGUCAAUGUCACUGCUCCUGAGAAACAGAAACAGGUCGCCACGGAGACCACAAGUCACAGGAAGUAACAUCACCACAAGAUGUUACCUGAAAUGUAGAAGGGGGCCUCUAUCAGUAACCUUGGACCCACUACCUUCUGAAAAAGUUGGCAGGUGUUUCAUGUCCCUCAGUCACACUGACCUAUGAGCAUGCAGAAGAAGUCAUGCAAACACUUCUCCAGGCAUAUGAAGACUAGAUGAAAAUGCACACACACUGUUAUGAUAUUUUUGCUCUCUCUCGCUCUCUCUCUCUAACCCACCUCUCUCUUGCUCUCUCUCCCCCCCUCUCUCUCUUUCUCUCUCUCUGUCUCUCUCUCUGUCCCUAUCUCUCUUUCUCUCUUUGUCUCUGUCUCUCUUUCUCUCUUCCCCUGAGCCUUCUCUCUCCCUCCUUUUUAUUUCUCUGCAACAUUGAGUGGUCUGCUCAUAAAGUGACAAAGUUACCGGUAUCUGUGAAACACCAUGACCAUUAACCACACAACCAGCAGCAGGUAGGAAACACAUGCUCCAAAACCACCACCACCAGACUGAACAACACAGUGACAGACCCCAAACACACCCACGCCUCAUCUACUAACUCUCAAGCUGAGCGAAGGGGUAUUUCCAGAGAGCAACUGUAGAAUGUGACUUAUUUUUCAACUAACAUACAGGGAUGAUUUUAUAGAACAGCAGCCCUCAUCAAAAGGAAGUCUCUGCUCUUUCUCUACUCUUUCUUCUCUGUGUGUUUUGGUAGUCAACUGCUUGCUACCAGUGACAGUGAUAGAUGAGGACAUACAGCCAGAGGAAACAGUCAUACAACGCCUUAAAGAGAUGUCUGGUGGUCCCUUCUCCUGCUUCUCCAAACAGGGAAUACUCCUUCUCAUACUCUCCAACCUCCACUAUGGUAAGUUUUGUGACGAUUUUUAUUCAUUUGAACAUUUUAAACACAAUACAACCACAAUACAACCAUCGCCGUGGAUGACACAAAAAAGUUUUAAAACGUAUCCCCAUUGUGGACGUCAAGAAAAUACAUGAAAACAAAAAUAUACACAAGAUAACAUGAAAGCAAAAAACACCUAAAAUACACCUCAUCAAUAUGGAGGAAACCGUAAAAGGAAUAAAAUAGAUUACCAAGUGACGUUCAUUGAAACAAUUAUACUUUGUUGUGCAGUUUUAAAGCAUUUUGCCCAUAAACCAUUUCUUAGGGUUUAUCUUAAAACUCCCUAGCGUAUAUUGAUGGAUUUUAUAUGGUUUGGCACACCAUUCCAUUCCUCUGCGCCAGUGUUAAGGAAAUAGCUUUUUCCAGCCAUGCUCCUAUAGAGCAGCAGUCUCAUACUGGCAACACUGGCUCUGGUGUGAUGACUAUGAGAGUCUCUAAUGAAAUUAAAAUAAUCAGAAAGGUAACUGGGGGCAAGGUCAUGUAUCACUUUAAAAACCAUCAACAGUUUUAUCUGCAUCACCAGGAGAUUAACUAGAAGCCAGUUCAGUUCCCUGAAAUGAUUAGGACCAAUGUUUGUUUUGGGUCGUUUUAAGUUUGUCCUUCAGAUUUUGUGAUACGCCACUGAACCAUGAGAUAGAAGCAUAGCCAUAGUGGCACCGUAUCAGAGAUGUUUCCAGGGUCCUCAUACUCUCUGUAUACAAGAACUUGGCUACCUUGCCAAGAACUUUGUCCUGGAGUGAACCUACCCAAUGACCUUCAGAGCCAUAAGUUCACAUGUCAUGUGUUGGUCCAGUUCACAUCCCAAUGUAUGUAACAUAGCAUUUUUCCUUCACCACUACACCAUUACACUUGACCGAGAAGUUGGAAUAGUUUCUCACUUUGUUUUCGGAACCAAACAGGAUACAUUCUGUCUGCCUACAUGGAUAACCACUUACUGACUUUAGUCAGUUGGCUGCUUAAGGUCUUUUCAACGGUCUCCUUAGUCUAAUGUGAAACCAAGAGGGUAGAAUAAUUCUCAUGUGCAUGUGUUUGAUGGUAUGAUAAAGUUUGGAAAACCGUUAGCUUUCUCUAAAUUCAUUGUUGGUCUUUGCAUGGUGUGUUGACUGUAGAAUGCCUAGUCAUAAGUGAUUGGUUGAAUAUCUCGAAACGUUUGCUUUAUUACUGUGUGAUAACACCUACAUAAUACCUAUAUUCAGCAACAUAUCAUGAUGUAUUGAUUCUGCAGUGCUUCUAGAACGCAAGAGAUCUUACGACCCUGUGCUAGAUGCAUGUCAUUCAUUAAAUUUAAGGUGAUAUUGGACUGUAUGCAAUUAUUGUUUGUAUUACAUAAUAAGAUACAUUGCAUGCCUAGGAUAACUGCAGUUCUGCCAUAAAUUCUUCAAUUAACUGUAACUGUAUUUAUUUCUUAAUUCAUGACUGAUGUUUUUUUGUGUAAGGGUUUAUAAAACAUCACUUCAGACUGACAUGUAUUUAUAAUGUUGCCCAUGCAGUAUAUGAUGCAUUUCUGGGGUAAUUACUCAGUAAACACAGUGGGAUUUGUAUUUGUGAGCUGAGGAGGAGUUAUCAGAUCCACCCCCAAUUCUCUUUUCCUGUCAUCUCAUACUGUUCUGCUGAAUGUGGGGGAGGAGCGGACUUUAAUAAAGUAAAGAUGGACCCACACACUCAGUUACUUAAAGAUAUAAAGUGCAAAUAUGUAAAGUGCCACGUACAGUAUAAAUGAAACCUGGAAAUGCUCUAUAUAAAUCCAAUCCAUUAUUAUCUAUUAUUGAUUAGGUAACACUUUGCAUUGCAGAGUAUUAUUGUGUAAUUAGUCAUGUAGGCACACUGUAACAAGUAUUACAUUGUAACAAUGAGUAAUUGCAAUACUUGCUACACCAUACUUACAUGAAUAAUUACACAGCAGUAAGUGUAACCAUUGAUUGAUGUCAGAAUGCCAAUGUCAAUUUUUGUGUUUCAGGUGUGGGUGUUUCUUCAUACCUGUCAUUCCACAAGACAGUAGGGGACUCCGUGGAGAUGCCUGCAGGCUUAGAGGGGCAAAAUGUCACCCUAAUUAAUUGGAGGUAUAGCGAAAAGGAUAUUGCAGAAUUCAACUCAGAAGGUUUACAUUUCCAUGGAUCCCGGUUCAAGGGGAGACUAGAAAUGAAUGCCAAAGACUUCAGUUUAACAAUUAGGAAACUGACUCUGCAAGACUCAGGGGAAUAUCUAGUUAUUGCUGAAACAGACAAGCAGAUUCCCAGUAAGGCUGUCACUCUGCAGGUUCACGGUAGGAAGCUAUCACCUUCUUUACAUAGUUUACUUUUCUAUGACUAUAGUGUUAAUGACAUAUUCCAUCCUUUGUCUUACACUCUGGUAACAUCUUGUUGUCGACUGAUUACAACUCUCUCUCUCUCUCUCUCUAUCUCUAUCUCUAUCUCUAUCUAUAUCUCUCUCUCUCUCUCUCUCUCUCUCAGAGCCUAUAUCCAAGGUGGUGAUCCAGACAGACAUCAAGCUAUUGGCCAACCACUCCUGUACGGUGCGACUGGUGUGCAACGUGUCCUGCUACUCCAACCUUACAUACACCUGGGAGAGAGACAAUGAGAUGUACGCAGACGCCCAGCAGAUCCACCUCUCUCUCUCUCCUGCAGAGAGAGACAUCAUUGUAACAUGCAAUGCCUCCAACCUAGUCAGCUGGAAAUCUGCCUUUGCAACAGUAAAGUGUAGUAAUGACACAACCACACCAGGUACCUAGAUAUCAUAAUAAUCCCUUCCAUACACUUUUCAGUGUGCUUAUAUGCUUAUUUACAUUUACGUCAUUUAGCAGACACUCUUAUCCAAAUAUAAUAUAUAAUGCUUGUGAUUACAUUGGAUGUAUAUGAUAUAGAGCCAUUUAGUUUUUAUCAUAUUGUAUAAUCUAAUCAUGUGUGUUGUACAAUAUUUGACAGGACUGGUGUGGUAUACCAUCUAUGUCGGAGUAUCAGUAGGAGGCGCUGUGGUGCUGAUCCUCACUGUAGCUGUGGCAGUGUGCUACUGCAGGGGCCGCCGUAACACAGGUAUGUACUGCUUAGGGCCCUUAACUAACUACAUUUAAUGUGACAUUUCAGGUGGUUCUAGAAGUAUUCUUCAGCUGAUAUUAUUUUUUUUUGUGUGGAUUUGCUAGGAAUUGGGAAAAGCGUGAGACCCCUCAUAAGUGUUGUUUAUUAAUUCCUGGGUAUGUUUGUUGAUAUCCUGUUUAAAAUGUAUCUGAUUGGUUAAUAUUUUGUUCUUAUCAAAGACAGCACUGUCAACACAAUAUAUGCUGAUGUUAUGAUCAACACAAUCAUUAAAGAUGUAAGUAUGCAUUGCCGUUAUUAUGUAUCUGAAUGUGUGGAAGCUGUAUGUACUGUAUUGUAAUGGGCUGUAUUUUGAUUCCAGACAAGAUCAAACAGUCAGGUAAACCCAAUGUCCAUCUAUGAGACUGUCAAUGAUCUGGCUAUCCCAAGAUUGAAUGAGGUAAGAUAUAAAUAGUCAUAAUGUUAAAAUGUAUGUGAUUGAAUGGAAGACUAUGUACGGUAGUCUACUUUGAAAAUAGUCAAUACAUUUCUUGAUGCUGAAACAGUUUUUUCUUGAUUAUCUGUCACAUGUAGCCGCAGACUCUGUAUGACAAGAUCAAAUUUGGACGCCCAGAGCCCCCCACCUCUCCCUACCAGAAAGUACUGUGA